AUGAGUUGCAGACAAUUCUCCUCGUCCUUGUGGAGCGGUGGCAGCAGCUGUGGGGGUGGCAGGGACAGUGGGGGCAGUAUGAGCUCUUCCUUCAGCCGCUUCAGCUCCACAGGGGCCAGAGGAGGAGGAGGAGGAGGAGGGUUCAGCUCUUCCAGUAGCUAUGGUGGAGGCAGCUUUGGGGCCUGUGGGAGGGGAGGUGGUGGAAGUUUUGGGUCCGGCUAUGGUGGAGGAUUUGGUGGGGGCUUUAGUUCAGGGAGUUUUGGUAGUGGUGCUGGAGGCUUUGGUGGAUCUGGGGGUCUUGGAGGAGGCUUUGGAGGUGGCGCUGGAGGCAGUAAUGGUGGCAUUCUGGCCAUCAACGAGAAGGUCACCAUGCAGAACCUCAAUUCCCGGCUGGCUAACUACUUGGAUAAGGUACAGGCACUAGAAGAGGCCAACACUCACCUGGAGAAGCAGAUCCAGGAGUGGUAUCAGUCCAAGGGGCCCAGAAUCUUCCAGAAGGACUACUCCCCUUACUAUGAUACUAUUGAAGACCUCAAGGACCAGAUUCUGGACCUGACACGGCGUGGCAGCAAAACCCUCUUGGACAUUGACAACGCUCGAAUGAUGAUGGAUGACUUUAGGAUUAAAUUUGAGAUGGAGCAGACCUUGGAGCAAUCGGUGGAGGCUGACAUCAAUGGCUUGAAGAAGGUGCUGGAUACUCUGAACAUGGCAAGGGCUGACCUGGAGAUACAGUAUGAGUCCCUACAAGAGGAACUGAAAGCCCUCAAGAAGAACCACCAGGAGGAGAUGAGCCAGCUGACUGGCCAGAAUGACGGGGAUGUCAACGUGGAGAUAAAUGUUGCUCCUAGCAAAGAUCUCACUCGGACUCUCAAUGAGAUGCGUGAGCAGUACGAGCAGAUCAUUGCUAGGAACCGGAAGGAGAUCGAACAACAAUAUGAGUCCCAGAUGACUCAGAUUGAACAAGAAGUGACAACUAGUGGCCAAGAGAUGGAGAGCAACCAGAGGGAGCUGGCCCAGCUUCCGCGCAGCGCCCAGGAGCUGGAGAUUGAGCUGGAGGGUCAGCUCAGCACGAAAUCAGCUCUGGAAAAGGCUUUGGAAGACACCAAGAACAACUACUGUGGCCAGUUACAGCAGAUCCAGGGGCAAAUCAGUGAACUUGAAUGCCAGCUUGCACAGAUUCGGGCAGAGAUAGAGUGCCAGAAUCAGGAAUACAGCACUCUGCUAUGCAUCAAGAUGAAGCUGGAGCAGGAAAUUCAGACCUACCGCCGCCUCCUUGAGGGAGGCCAGGAAGACUUUGACUCCAGUGGAGCUGGACAAAGUGGCUUUGGAAGUGGCAGAGGAAGGAGAGGAGGAAGUGGAGGCAGCCACGGAGGAGGAAGUGGAGGAAGCCAUGGAGGAGGAAGUGGAGGGAGCCAUGGAGGAGGAAGUGGAGGGAGCCAUGGAGGAGGAAGUGGAGGCAGUGGGUCCAAGGGAGAAGGUGGAGGCAGCUAUGGUGGAGGAAGCAGUUUUGGAAGAGGAAGUGGAGGCAGCUAUGGUGGAGGAAACAGUUCUGGAGGAGGAAGCGGAGGCAGCUAUGGAGGAGGAAGCAGUUCUGGAGGAGGAAGUGGAGGCCAGUACGGUGGAGGAAGCAGUUCUGGAGGAGGAAGUGGAGGCAGCUAUGGAGGAGGAAGCAGUUCUGGAGGAGGAAGUGGAGGCCAGUACGGUGGAGGAAGCAGUUCUGGAGGAGGAAGUGGGGGCAGCUAUGGUGGAGGAAGUAGUUCUGGGGGAGGAAGUGGAGGCCAAUCUGGAGGAAGUGGAGGCCAGUAUGGUGGAGGAAGCAGUUCUAGAGGAGGAAGUGGGGGCAGCUAUGGAGGAGGAAGCAGUUCUGGAGGAGGAAGUGGGGGCAGCUAUGGUGGAGGAAGUAGAAGGCCAUCCCAGUCUCAGUCUUCUUCCUCAAAAUCGGAAGACUGUGAUGAUCAUUCACAAGGCCACAAAAUUCGGUAUUAG